AUGAGCGGAAGAGAUUUUCAUUUUUAUAGAAGAAGAGACAAAUAUCCUAAAUAAGACUCUUUUAUUGAGCAAUAAUCAACUCCUAAUUUUAUUGAAGAUGGUUCUUUUGUAGGAUCAUUAGAAAGAAAAAUUCAACAUUAAAAUUAAACCAUUAAUAAUCUAAUUAAAGCAUUUGAAGAUUCAAGAUUGGAAUAAUAAAGAUAGAUCUAAUAUUUAGAAAGAUUAAAAAAAGCAGAAGAACAAAAAUAUAGUAUCUAAAUAUUAGAAGAACUUAAAACCUUAAAAUAAAAGAUCAAAAAGAUUGAACAAAGUCCACCUAUUUUAUAAUCUACACCUUAAAUAUAUCAAUAACCUUUUUUCCCUCCUUUACCUGCUUAAUUUUAAUAGCCUUAUUCAUCUUAAUAAUAUAAUUAUUCUUAAGUUCCAUAUUUAUAGAAUCCAUUUCAUUAACAAAGCCAACCUAUUCAACCUUAAUAAUUUUUAAAUAAUCAAUAAUAACUUAGACCCAAAAGACCAAAAGAAAUGGAUACAUUACAUAAAUUUUUGUUGAAAAUGUUACAUGAGAAAGAAUAAUAAAAAAAUAAGUAAAAGAAACCAAAAGAUAAUUCAGAUAUUAGAUAUGUGACUGAUAUUGAAUCAUCUUAAAAUUACUCUUCCAAUAGAUAGACAUAAUAAACACCUUUAAUAAAAUCUAGAUCAUAGAGAAGAUCUUAAAAGCAAAAAUAAGAUAAUAUUAGAUAAGGUCUUUCAGAAAAUUCUUAAUAUAUAAUUCGAAAACAAUCUUAAUUAUCAUAAUAAUAAUCAUUAGGAGCAGGUUCAUAAAAACCAUCUUCAAAAAAAUUAGUAUUAACUUAAUAAAGAUUAAAAUAACUUAUGAGAAAAUUCAAAGGAGUAGUUAGAUAUUUAGGGUUAGCAUUGACUUAUUUAAAAUUUUGUAAAAAGAUUUGGAAUAAUAAGUUAACAUCAUUUAAGGAAUAUUCUUAGGAGUAGAUAGGAUCUUAUGAUUCUUAGUUUGUAAAAAUAAUGAUAUAUCCAUUUAUAGAAUUAUCUGUCAAUCAUAUCAUAAUUUUAUAGAGAAUGCACACUUAAGAAAUAAAUGGAUAAAUCAUGGAUCUUUACUUAAACAAUAGAUAUUCAAGCUAGAUGUCAAACUAUGCUAAGUGUAUUGGAGAUAUUCUUUAGAUAUUUGAUAGUUUAACCUUUAGAUUUUACUAAAGAACAUAUAGAAUUUAUGAGAAAAUUUUCACUUCCUAAAGGAUAUUUAUUAAUUGGGCAUAGUAAAUAUGUUACUAGUAGAAUAAAUUUAAGACCAAAUAAUACAAUAAAGUAAAUUUUAAAUUAAAUUUAAGUAUUGAAACACCUGAGUAAUCUUAAAUGUUACUUAUGGAAUAUUCUUUUAUUUAAAUAUUAUUACCAUAGAUUGUUGAAGCUGAUUUUUGGAAAAAGUUAGUAAAUUAUAAAGAAGCCUUAAAAGUUUUUGUCUCAGUUCUUCAUUAUUUAUUUAUAGAUAAAUUUUACAACAUACCUCUUAAUAAAUAAUAAUUACCUUUUAAUGUACAUUUAUAAAAUACUAUUUAAGAAAGAUUAUGUUCCUUUUUUUGAUUUUACAAGAAAUCCAGUUGAAGGAUUUUACUAAUUAAUUGAUUCAAAUCAUCCUUCAUAUGUUGAAUCUAAAGAAGAAGUGAUUUUAGGAUUGUAUACUAAGGCUCAAUUGCAUCCUCUAAUAUUACAUGUUGGAUUUAAGAAGGUCUAAGAAAAUUUUAAGUAAUAUUGUGAUUUAAUUUAUUCUUUAAUAAAAUGA